AUGCCAUUGAUGAUCUCCGCCGACGGCAAGGGCUGGGUGAAAGCCCCGCCCAAGAAACGCGUGGUUCGUGUCUCCCGUGCCGACCAAGCCGCUGCUCUCAAAAACCCGUUGGCCUACUUUGCCUGCACACCCGUCGGGCCUUCCAAGCCCAAAAUCCCCGACUGUCCUGUCUAUACCCUCGACCCUAACCAACACACUCCACCCACCUCCGAAGAAGGCAACCCAAAGAAAAGCAGAAAAGGGCGCAGCCAGGGGCGCAGCACGAGCUCGCCCACUCACCACCACCAUCAUCAACACCGGCAUCCAUACGACGACGAAUACCCGCCCUCCGAGGAGGACGAAUACCACACCACAGCUGGCGGAGGAGCAAGUGAGACCGCGAGCUGCACCCGCGGCGCUGCCGGCACCUCGCCUUGCUCCAAGCGCAGGAUCCCCAAAACCAAGGGCAGUGACGGCCGCACCCGCAACAGGACAUACUUACUGGACUGGGCCGAGCAACAAGCCCCGCGUACCACCGCGAUCGGCCGCUUGGGGUACCGGUCAUAG